GUUGCGCGCAUCUGGGCCGCCUGGCGGAGCGCGCCAUGGAGAGGCUGGGAAGCGGCUGCAGCCGCGGCCGGCGGGGCUAGCGGGGAGCCCGGCAGCAGAACGACAACUGGACCAGAACGUCAGGGGUGUGGCUGUGGGUGUUCCUGUUGCCCUUUCAUACUAGCGUUGCCAACUCCAGCGUCCAAUGGAGAUAACCAAGCAACUGGAAUGUCGCUGUCGGACACACCAUGACAACAUGCAUCUCCCGCAGGCCUGCCACAGAGAAGCGUGUAGGCCGCGAUGAGCCCCUCAGCCUACCCCAAGAAGCUCCCGAAUUCCCGCGUUGCUUCUCGGCGCUGAAUGUCCACUGCCUGGGCACCAUGGAUUCUUUUGUCGUCGUGACGGAGUAUGACUCUACCGCUAGGCCUGGAGGGGGGCAGCCAGACGGCCUGGAGGACGAGGAACCAAUGGAGCCAUGUGAGGGACAGCCCGUGGCGUCGGAUCCUGGAGAAAUGGAGGAGCGGGGUCUCCUCGGCAGUGCUCUGGAGGGUGAUUUGAAGGAACCGCGAAGCAAACUGAAUCUUUCGAGUCGGAAACUUUCUCUCCAGGAGAGGUCCCAGUCGGUCCAGUCUCCCGGUGGCAACGUGGGCCUAAACGGACGCUACAUCUAUCCUUCUCUCCCUUAUUCUCCGGUCACGUCACCACAUUCUUCGCCUCGUCUGCCCCGGAGGCCGACGAUAGAAUCCCACAGAGUUUCUAUCACCGGUUUGCAGGACUGCGUGCAGCUAAAUCAAUAUACGUUGAAAGACGAAAUCGGAAAGGGCUCCUACGGGGUCGUGAAGCUGGCCUACAACGAAGAUGACAACACCUACUAUGCAAUGAAAGUGCUUUCCAAAAAGAAGCUGAUGAGACAAGCGGGGUUUCCUCGCCGUCCUCCCCCACGCGGUGCCAAGCCCCCCCUGGAAGGCUUCUGCCAACCCAAAGGCCCCAUUGAGCAGGUGUAUCAAGAGAUCGCCAUCUUGAAAAAACUUGACCAUCCGAAUGUAGUCAAGCUGGUGGAGGUGCUAGAUGACCCCAGCGAAGAUCAUCUGUACAUGGUAUUUGAGCUUGUGAAAAAAGGGCCUGUGAUGGAAGUCCCAACCCUGAAACCUCUUACUGAAGACCAGGCACGCUUCCACUUCCAGGACUUGAUCAAAGGCAUUGAAUACUUGCAUUACCAAAAGAUAAUCCACCGGGAUAUUAAGCCUUCCAACCUCUUAGUCGGGGAAGACGGUCACAUCAAGAUCGCGGAUUUCGGUGUGAGCAACGAAUUCAAAGGGGCCGAUGCUCUGCUAACCAACACAGUGGGCACCCCGGCUUUCAUGGCCCCGGAAACCCUCUCGGAAACCAGGAAAAUAUUUUCGGGAAAGGCUUUAGAUGUUUGGGCUAUGGGGAUCACCCUCUACUGUUUUGUUUUUGGGCAGUGCCCCUUUAUGGAUGAGAGGAUUCUGAGCCUGCACAGCAAAAUCAAGAGUCAGACGCUGGAGUUCCCGGACCAGCCAGAUAUUUCGGAUGAGCUGAAGGAUCUGAUCACGCAGAUGCUGGACAAAACCCCCGAAUCCAGGAUCACAGUCCCGGAAAUUAAGGUGCACCCUUGGGUGACCAAGAAUGGAGUGGAGCCGUUGCCGACAGAAGAUGAGAACUGCACACUUGUGGAGGUGACGGAGGAAGAGGUGGAGAAUUCGGUGAAACACAUCCCGAGCUUGGCCACGGUGAUCCUGGUGAAGUCAAUGAUCAGGAAAAGGUCUUUCGGGAACCCAUUUGAAGGGAGCAGAAGAGACGAGAGGUCCUUGUCUGCGCCGGGGAAUUUGUUGACAAAAAACAAAUCGGGGAAUGUGAAGUAUUACUUCAGUCAAAGGAAGCAAGGCAGCGAAGACAACCUGAAGCUCAGCAGCGACCUGCCAGAUGUGGAGGAAGACGAACUGCUUUCCUGAAACGGACCCAUUGGUUUCGGAUGUGCCACUUGGUUCCCUGCUCCCUUCGCGACGCAUGCACACCUCUAAGGGGAAGGACACUCCGGCACGCCGGAAGAACCAACCAGCUUUCUGCGAAGCGGCGUGCCGAGCUUUUUAAUAACAGCAUGCUGUAAAAAUCCGACUGUCCAUUUGUCAGUAACUCUCUUCUCUGGAGGGCAUCAGAUGUCAAACUGGAGGAAUUGCGAGCAGGCCUGGGACCAGCGGCCGUUUUGCAGAUGGAACAAUGGGGUCAUUUUACCAGUCUGGCUUUACAAAAAGCAAACAAGUGAAAAAAAAACCCUUCAAAAAUGGGGGUCGUGGUAUUAAGAGGCAAGAGUUUCAAAAGCCAAGUUUUCAGGCCAAACAUUUCAGAGCCUACCAUUCUCGUUUUCAGCUAAAAUGGACCGAUCUACGUAUGACAUUCUGUGCCAAGUAGAGUGUCUGAAACUUGCCAGUAAUGUACAUCUUUUUCUUGCUUUGGUGUUUUCUCCCCGUUUUUUGUAUUGACACUUUUUAUUGCAUGAAAAACAGAACACACAAACAAGUAGUUCUCCAUCAAGGGCAUUUUUUCCUUUAAAAAGGCCUUUGCCUUCGAUGUGCCGAUCCUUUACGACUUUGACAGCAGCAGGGCUUGGUUCCGCUGAGUGCCCGACCUGCCCUUUGUCGCGAUCAUACUAUCAGUGUGGCUUGCUGGAUUCUGACCAUUCCAGAUGUGCAAUGUCUUUUUUUUCCCCUCCCCGCCAAAAGGGCUUGAAACUACCAGAAUCCUCGGCGUGCUGGACUUCGAUGUGAUUGUACUCUAAGCACAAAGUGAGAUGGGCACAGAGCUGGCUAGAAAUUAAAUUCUGUCCAGCUGAGGACAAACUGUACUGCUGGAAACCUUACUUGAUCAGUGUCUAUAGGGGUAUGUCCAAAAUUCAGGGUUUUUACAACAAACAAUCCAACACUUCCUGCCGCGUUACACAAUUUAAUACAUUUUGAAUAAUAACCAACGCCCAGCUCCUGCAGUUUUUGCUACAAGGGACUUUAGUGUAAUGACAUAUAGAUUUUGCUGCCUGUCGAUAUUCAGAUCAGCUCGUACGCAGAAUUAGCUGCUUUCAGGCUUUUUUUUAAUCCUAAAGCCGCAUUUCUUUUCGAACUGUACCAAGGUCGAUGUAGUCUUGCAUCCUCAUAACUGCUAGCUGAAUACUCUCUCAAUCAGUUAUCUGGGAUCAGGAGAUAAAAUGCCAAACUUCAUAUAUAAACUUCUUCAUAUCCUUAUUCAGAGAUUUGGGGGGGGGAUGUUUGCUGGACUGAUUUUGCUGUGACAAUAGGGGGAGCAGUAUUUGAAUCGGUUCCCCAUGUUUAAAAGGGGGAAAAAUCCCAGCUCCCAAAAGUAUAUCUGGGAAUCUUUUCUUUUGCCAUACUAGAUUUCUAGCAUGGGCAGAGCGUACCCCAGGGGAAACUUGUGUUAUGCAAUCUGCUACCCUCGUUCACCCAUUCCAAACUGGUACAGAAUCAAGAUGGGUAGCCAUGUUCAUCUAUCUGUAGCAGUAGAAAAGAGCAAGAGUCCAGGAGCACCUUAAAAACUAACAAAAUUUGUGGCAGAAUAGGAGCAUUUGUGAGUUACUGCCAUGCGACAGAUUUUGUUGUCUUUAAGGUGCUUCCAGACUCUUGCUUUUUUCUGAACCGGUACAGUCAUGGGAAGACUGUGCCGUGUGGUAUAGCUCCGACAGCCCUACUUAUACAGUAUAAGGAUCCCUUUUCCUGUUCCUUUUGUGCCAUGGUACAACCGGAAGCAUUUAGUAGAGACCGAGGCGGAAUUGCCUUUGAUGUCAGCGAGAUGUAAAUUUUUAAGCAGCAAUUCUCUCUUGGGUGUCUUAACAACUGUGGAAGGAAAACACACAGAGACUCCUUUGAGAGCCCUGUGGUAGACUAAUUGAGGGGAGAAUAUUAAAAACUCACACUCUUGUUUAAAUGCACAUUUAAAUGCACAAAGAAAUAACCAACCAGUUCAGCUCUAGCACUUUUUGGUUUGUUUGUUUUUUGCAAAUUAAGUCAUAGACCGGAAUACAGUUAAAAUACAUUUGGGGCAUUAAGAGAACGGCUUUAUUUCUGUCUUUUUGCCCACUCCAUCACAAAAACAGAAAUUAACCAGCUUUCAGUGUUUAGAGCAAUUUGGAUGAAUGGCAAAAGGUUAGAACAAAAAUGAAUGUGUUUUAAUCAUUGUAACUGUGUUGAGGGGGUCAUAUGGUUUUUAGUGAGCAAUCUGCCCCCAAGCCC